CAAAUGAACUUGGCAAAAGCUCCAGGUUGUGGUUUCAUGAAGACAUUCUCCAAAUUUUAGAAGGAGACAAGAGGUUCCAGUCUGCGAGUGUGAUGGAUUUUAGGAGUCGUAAAUUUUUAACAGAACUGCCUGACUUAUCUGGAGUCACAAAUGUGAAGGAACUGAGUUCGGAUUAUUGCAAGAAUUUGUUUAAAGUCCAUGUUUCUAUUGGAUUUCUCGAUAAACUUGAAAGAUUAAGUGUUACUCAUUGCUGCAACCUCAAGACCUUUCCAAGCAUCUUAUUAAGAUCCCUUGAAUUUUUUGAGCUCGCAUGAUGUCCAACCUCCAGAGAUUCCCAGAAAUAUUGAAAGCAGUGGAAAAUAUAAGAGAUGUUCGUUUGGAUCAUAGUGGCAUAGAAGAAUUGCCAUUGUCAUUCAGAAACCUGAUUGGGUUACGAGACUUAGACCUGUCAAAUUGCAAACAUCUUCGAGAAUUUAAGAGCAAUCCCACCAAACCUGCAAGAAUUGGAGGUCGUAGACAGCAAGAAUUGGAGGUCGUAGACAAACACUUGAAUUCAGAAUCUUGUAGAAUAUUGUUGAGUCAGGCACUACGUGAGGUUGAUGGAUUGAGGUUUCUAAUGUUGGAGGACAAAAUGCCAGAAUGGUUUGACAACUCUACCGAUGGCCAUUCAAUUUGUUUUUGGAUCCGAAACAAAUUCCCAAACAUGGCUGUAUGUUUUGCUGAACACAUGGGAUAUCAUGGAGAGCUUGUUCCAAAUGGUUCAGUCUAAGUCAAUGGUAAGUAGUUGGAAUAUGAAAUCGAAGACAGAAUUUAUGGAAGGAUUACAUCACAGCAUAUCUUUUUGUUUGAUUUGCAAAACCUUAGUCAUGAAGAUAAACUCAAGGGGGCAGUUUUAGAGCAUGGAUGGAAAAAGAUACAGAACUGACGUACCAUGCGUCACCGAAAAAAUCAAACUUGGGCAAAGACCAAGAGAAUAUAUGUAUACAAGCGGAACUCUAGAAUGGAAGAUAUCUGGUUCAUAAAUCCUAACGAGGAUAUCUCUCCAUCAACUUUUGAACUAGUGUCUUGGUCAACUAAAUAAUUUGUCCGAUUUUCAAUACCUGACACUUGCCUCGCAUACAAGAAUUUUAUAUUGAAUUUUAUGAAAAUUUCCUCAAUGGCUCAAAUUUCAAAGGCGAUUGGUGGUCCAAAGGGCUUUCCAUGAGAGGACUGAAGACACAGACCAUGAGAGAGAAGAAAAAUGCUCUCUCU